CAAGCACAAGUGAAUCGCUCGAACGUAUGGAAGGACUCUCGAUCUCAGCAAUGAGCGUUGGCCGCCGAGCGCUCUCGUCCCAAGGGCCCGCCCUCGCUCGGAGCCGCCAGCUCGAAGCCUCCAAGUACAAGCUCGCCGACGGCUGCUGCUUGAGCGACGACAAUAACGAAGCCGACGAGCACAAGUACCCGGAGCCGACGCGCAUGUACCGGCCCAAAGAGUGGACGCCCGAGGUCGAGGAAGCGUUUCGCAUCCAGCAGACUGGGUGGCGGGACAUUAGCGACUACAAGGCCAAGUACGGCGAGCCCGAACGCUGGGAGAACGGCUUCAUUCGGUGUACGCGCGUCAAGGCGAGUGGUUACUACACCUAUUGGCGCCAGUUUCGCGAGUGCGACGACAAGUACUUGAACAAGGUCAAGGUGUACGAGUAUAACUAGCAUUCCAUUGUGUAGACGCGUAAUUGUCAUCUGCU